AUGCCCGGUUACUCUCCAUGCGACACUGCCAUCGAGUACACUCCUCAGGCAUCCCGCCGACCUUCGUUGUGUCCGCCGGAGGGAUGCCGGAGAGACAGCUCGGUUGGCUUUGUGUCUGCAAUGGAGAGCAAAGGGCAGUGGUCAUCUGCAGGCAGUGAAUCAAAAAGCCCGCUUUCACAGUUUGGAUUUCUGAAGAACCUGAGCGAGAAGAAAACAACACGAGAUGGGCAACCUCCCAAAAGAAGAGGCCCCAAGCCUGACAGCAAACCGGCUUUGACUCGUCGACAAGAGCUCAACCGACAGGCACAACGCACACAUCGUGAACGGAAAGAGAUGUAUAUUAAAGCUCUUGAACAAGAGGUUCUUCGCCUCAAAGAAACGUUUGGUACAACGAGCCGAGAACGAGACCAGUAUGCUGAAGAGAACCGUCGAUUAAGAGAGCUGCUCAUGGCUCAUGGUAUUGCUUUUGAUAGCAUCACAAGCCCCAUCAAUGGUUUGACUGUCAACGUCGGAAGCUCGACGUACAGCUCAAACGGCAGCGUAUCUGGAUAUGGGCCUGGGUCUGUAUCAACUGGAUACACUUCACCACCCAGCGUUCAUCACCGGAACGGAUCGAUAUCACAGGAUAUGAUGAUGCCGCCGGCGAUGCACACACAAGCUAUGCAACCAAACCAACAAGUCGGCGGACUGGACUACGACCAGAUCGGUGUUGACUUUGUCUUAACUCUCGAGCGCCCCUGCAUGGACCACAUGCAAUUCCUCAUGGUACGGGCCCACGAUGCUGAAGAAACGAUCAGCGGGCACGCGCUCAUGGCGACCGCGCCACCCGAUUCGCAUAUUGCGCAUCACCCAGAGGAGAAGUACCCGCAUCAAAUGCCGGAUGUUGCGAUGCCAGACCUGAUGAAACUGCUUGAUCUCAGCGCCAGGCUGCCUCUCGACGGCGAGAUCACACCCAUCAUGGCAUGGGUGAUGAUUUUGAAGAAUGACAACUUCAAGACACUCACAAAGGCGGAAAUCAGCGCCAUUAAAGAGGAGCUGGUCGCCAAAGUGCGCUGCUAUGGCUUCGGCGCAGUCCUCGAGGAGUUCGAAGUGCAGGAUGCGCUGAUGACCGCUCUUGCUGGAAGGGCGAGCGGCAGCUAG